GUAUAGUAAUGUAUUCAUUAUAUACAAAUAUACAAGUUGAAAACAGCGAGAAAAUAAAUCGAGAAUAACAUAUUAAAUUAGUAUAAAAACAAGCUAAAGAACUUAGUCCUCGAAAUAAAAGUGGCAGACGUGAUCAACCAAGAAUCUCAAAACCGAACACCAAUUAAAAGAACCAUCAAAUCGUGCAUAUGAAAAAAAAUCCAUAUGUAUAAAAUAACAAUAAUUAAGAAGCUGUGUUGUUAAUUUUUUCAUCAUAAAAAACUAAUUCGCCGGCUGCAUGUAAAUGGAUACAUCCGAAGCCAAUAUGGAAGAGACAAAUCCCAAUUACGAUGUUAACCAAAGACUUCAAAAGCCGGAGGGUUGGCCCAACGUCAGUGAGUUUCAUCCCUCGAUGAUGUUUCCGGAGGACCCUAGGCGGUACUUCCACAAUCCCCCCACUGAGCCACAGCCACCUGUACCCACACCGAUACCGAUACCCAUACCCAUACCCAUCGACGGAGCUGUGGAAAUACCCGCUAAAAUGCCAGAAUACUGCCCCGACAUUAGUCAGCCUAUUGAGCCCGAUCGGGUCAUAAAUCCGCUGGCCGAGGUGGCCAAAAACACAGUACCUUACGGCCACAAACGAAAGAAUUCGUCGGCAGAGGACCAGGCCGCUAACAAGAAGAUCAGUCUGGCGGCCGCCGAGGAGAAGAAGGCGAGCCACCUGCGAAAGAACAUCCGGGACGUUAUGAACGAGAACAACCUGGACACAACCACACUGGCUGCGCAGCGGGAGGAAUCGGAACGUCUGGCUCGCGUUGCUGGUCAACAAAAGUCAAUGCGCGAGAUUCAAAAGCAGGUGGUGCACAAACAGUUCUUCCGCAUCCUCCAGCUCGACGAAAGCGAGGGCAUCGACAGCUGUGCGCUUGCCAAUCCCGCAGAGCAUCACCCGCCCGCUGACUUCCCAGAAGAGGAGAUAGCUUCGGACACGUUUGACGAGUCGAACAGCAGCAGCCUGAGCGGCGGCAGCAUCGAGGAUGUGUUGCACAAGGAGGCCAGCGUGCAACAGCCCAGCGAAGUGGUCACAAUCGACGACAGCUCCGACGACGACUGCAUACUCCUGUCCGAGGAAGAGGAGGAGGAGGAUGACGAGGACUUGAACGAGUCAGACGACGCGACCAACAGCGGGAUGCAUGUGAAAGACGCGUACAAUGUUCCCGACGAGAACGGACAGGUGGUGGUCAACAUGGCGCACCCCGAGGGCGAGGAGACCUUGUACCUGGCCCCGCAGAUAGCCAAGGUGAUAAAGCCGCACCAAAUCGGCGGCGUGCGCUUUCUGUACGACAACAUAAUCGAAUCAACACGGAGGUAUAACAAAUCGAGCGGUUUCGGCUGCAUUCUGGCCCACUCCAUGGGUCUGGGCAAGACGUUGCAGGUGGUUUCCUUCUGUGAUAUUUUCCUGAGACAUACCUCUGCGAAGACGGUGUUGUGUGUGAUGCCCAUCAACACGCUGCAGAACUGGCUGAGCGAGUUUAACAUGUGGGUACCGCGCUACUCCGCCGACAGCAAUGUGCGGGCCCGCAACUUUGACAUAUACGUGCUGAACGACCAGCAGAAGACGCUAACGGCCCGGGCGAAGGUGAUCUUGAACUGGGUCCACGAGGGAGGCGUGCUCCUGAUCGGCUACGAGCUGUUCCGUCUACUGGCCCUCAAGCUAGUUAAGACGCGGAAGCGAAAGGGCAGCGUCAUCCGGCCAGAUGGCAUGGACUCCAGCAGCGAUCUCAUGAACCUCGUUUUUGAGGCCUUGGUCAAGCCAGGUCCCGAUCUGGUGAUCUGCGACGAAGGGCACAGGAUCAAGAACUCGCACGCCGGCAUUUCGCUGGCCCUGAAGCAGAUCAGGACGCGGCGUCGCAUCGUGCUUACUGGUUAUCCGUUGCAGAACAACCUGCUUGAGUACUGGUGCAUGGUGGACUUCGUGCGGCCGAACUACCUGGGCACCCGCACCGAGUUCUGCAAUAUGUUUGAGCGGCCCAUCCAGAACGGUCAGUGCGUGGAUUCCACGCCGGAUGACAUUAAACUUAUGCGAUAUAGGGCGCACGUGCUGCACUCCCUGUUACUGGGAUUCGUGCAGAGGCGGUCGCACACGGUGCUGCAGCUGACGCUGCCACAGAAGUACGAGUACGUCAUCCUGGCCAAAAUGACUGCCUUCCAGCGCAAGCUCUACGACACCUUCAUGACCGAUGUGGUGCGCACAAAGGCGUUUCCCAACCCCCUGAAGGCCUUUGCCGUUUGCUGCAAAAUCUGGAACCAUCCGGAUGUUCUGUAUAACUUUCUGAAAAAAUGUGAGACUGAUUUAGAUUUAGAAAUCGACGAGGAAGUAUCCAAGGGAGCUCCCACCCCAACUGUUGAGUCCAGUCCAGAUCCUGCCUUGAGUGUGGCUUCGCCUCUGUUUGAAAAGAAAAGUAAUGGCUCCAGCGAACUGGUUAAUAGUAUUGAGACCCUACCCAAAGCCGAUAAUCAAACUUUAUUUAAUAUCCCCACGUCAUCGGAUUUAAAUGCAAAAUAUUUAAAUAAGAGCCCUAGUUUCUACGAUGAAAAACCGGAGCCACUUAAUUAUGGUGCAUUCGGUAGUGAAGGAAAAAACAAUUAUUGGAUGGAUUCCAGUAUUCUUCCCAAGCCGGGAUGCGUUGAAGUCAUCAAGCAAACGGACACGAACAUGUCAAAUAACUUUGAAAGUAUAACGGGGUCUUCGGAGAUCGUGGAUCUGGACACAAAUGAGAUAAAAACCGUCGAAACGACAAUACAAACGCCGUGUUCCAACAAUCAUAUAGAUAAUGAGUGCAAUUCUAGCAAACCAAGUGAAUGGAAUGCCUCGGGCAUUAAAAACGUUAGCGGCGUUCCUGCCGAGCCGUUUAAAAAAUUGCUGAAGAGUAAGCGAAACGAUGAAUUUUCAUGUUCGUGGGCCGUGGACAUAAUGAAAAACUAUGUGUCGGGCCUGAUAGUGAAUUCCCCGAAAAUGGAGAUUUUCUUCUGCAUCUUGAAGGAGAGCCUGCAGUUGGGGGAUCGUAUUUUGUUGUUUAGCCAAAGUCUAUUAACCUUAAACUUACUCGAAGUCUAUCUUAAAUCUAGUUAUGUUCCUGGUAGCAAUCUGUUUUGGACUAAAAAUAGCUCUUAUUUUCGUUUGGAUGGUUCUACUUCCUCGCAAGAAAGGGAAAGACUAGUCAAUGAAUUUAAUGCAAAUAGUAAUGUUAAGCUUUUUUUAAUAUCUACAAGAGCUGGCUCAUUGGGAAUAAACCUGACUGGAGCGAAUCGCGUUAUAAUAUUCGACGCCAGUUGGAACCCUUGUCACGAUACACAAGCAGUGUAUAGGAUUUAUAGAUAUGGUCAGAUAAAGCCGUGUUUUGUGUAUAGAAUUGUAAUGGAUAAAUGUCUGGAGAAAAAGAUAUACGAUAGGCAAAUCAAAAAGCAAGGCAUGUCCGAUCGUAUCGUCGAUGAAUGCAAUCCCGAGGCACAUCUUUCAAUGAAGGACAUUACCAAUCUGUGCCACGACUAUGACUCCGAUGAAGAAACUGUCGAGGAGUCGAAUAAACCAACAAACGAUUUAAGCAAGCCAAGCUCGCCAUCGGAGGAGCAAAUAAAGAAAGACGAGCAAAAUAUGUCGCCAGAUGGGACAAAUAAAUCAACCGAUGAUCAAAAGAAGCCAGAAGACGAUCAAACUGAGUCCAAGGCGCUAAACGGCGCAUCACACUCUCACGUCAAAAAGGAAAAGGAUGAUGUCCCAGAAAUUAUUGUUCAUGCCGACUCAAUAAUUAACACCAUUCUUGAAUCGCAUAGGCAUUGCGUGACAAAGGAACCAUUUUUGCACGAAAGUUUGUUGGUUGAUCAAAAGGACAGAAAACUGUCGCAGGCGGAAAAAAGACAAGCUCAUCGAAGCUACGAACUGGAAAAGAAAGCUGCCGUCAAUCAGAGAUGUACUUAUGCACCUGCAAAAAUGCAUUACAAGAUCGUGAACAACGAUGGAACUGUAAUUACCAAACCAAUGAACCAGCAAACAAAAAUAAAUAAUUCUGCUUCCACUGGACGAUCAACCCGUUGGAUUCCAGCUGACGUGUGGCAAAGGCAGGGAAUGACUGCCCAAGAAAUGACCUUACCACUUGAUGUUGUUAUUCCCACAAAUUCGGCCGAUAAAGCCAAUAUAAUUCUAAAGGCUGGUCAACGAGUUAUGGUUCUGAAGUCGACCAAAGGUAUUUACAUGCAGUUGGACAGCGGGAAGAUCAUAGCUAUAAGGACAACGGCAAAAACUGAACCUGAAAAGACAAAUAAGGAUGAUGUGAUAGACAUAACUUCUGAUUGUGACACCGACAUAGCAAAACCACAAACUCCAGAAGAAGAUGUGAAAGAUCUGACGGCUGAUGACGAACCGCGUUCAGUCAAAAGUAAGGAAAUUACUUCAGCAACCACUAGCCGGACGGAAAUGUCUACAAAAGAGAGAAAGUCCACGGAGAACAUUCAACAUUUUAAAACGCAAACGCAACCAAAUAAUACUUUAACCACCCCAACAAAUCAGCAUCCGAUGCCUUGUGACUUGAACUACCCACAGCAGUCCCAAACACUGCCGCAGCAGCAGCAGUCGCAUCAACAGCCACAGCAACCACCGCAGCAGCAACAGCCGCAGCAGCCACCGCCACAGGCGUACAAACAUCAGAAUCACUUGCCAGCUGCCGGCGAGGGUUACAACAAUGCCAAUAGUAUUCAGCCCAAUGCGCCACUGCCACCGCAUCCAGGAGCUCCAAACAGUGAGCCGGCGCCGUCGGCGGAUAGCUCCUACUUCCAGGCCAAACCUUUCCAGCACACAUAUCCCCCACAGUACUACGAUUACUAUGACAAUAAGCACAAGGCCGCACCACCCGGAUCCAGCUAUCACAUUAAUAACUACACCUCAUACGGCAAUCUGAACUUCGCACCGUAUCAUUCCAACCUCCAUCCACCAGCGGCUUACAUCGGUGCACCGUCGUCGUAUGUAAAUUCGAAUGUUUUCCCUCGGCAGCAUUGGAGUUCGGUUGUUAAUUCACCAGCGUCAAGCGAGUCUAUUCGACAGCCAUCGUACAUUGGUAGUACUUACCCCAUCAACGAAUGGUCGUCGCAAUAGCGAGUGUAAAUAGACUAUGGUCCAAUAUCUCCGUGUCCAGUUGAGGGCGAAGCCACUUUAACGAGCUCAAAUAUACUCAGACUAUCUUGUAACUGCUAAUUUUAUUAUUUUGAUUUAUUUUCGACUUUUAAUAAUGCUUUUGUAUAGAUUAUUCAAAAAAAGUGUUUUGUGAUUGUUUGUUUUUUUUUACAUUUUUUAAUGUACUCAAAUAAUGCCCAUAAAUGGUAAAUAUUUAUGCGGGCGUUCACAUGAAAAUUAUUCUACAAACGCCUAAGUAAACUUUCUAAACAAAUCAUUAUCAUUAUACUAGACAAUUAAUGAGAUCAUACAAGUGAUCAAUAAACCACACACAAUGCUUCCUAUACUUAUUAAAUUUCAAUUUUUCCCAUGAUAGUGUUCUUGCAAAAAAAAAUUGUUUACUUUGUCAUUAAGGGGUUUAGCUUGACUGGACAAACAGAGCUCGGCCUUUAUUCCUUAUUAUUAUUUUCCUCUAAUUUAUUUAUUAUCUUAUUAUAGUGAAUUCUUUUUAAACGCAUAAUUACGAUAAGUUAUUAGUUUUCAUUCUGAAAAAUACAAAAGAAAUCUAAAUAAAUAUUCAUAGCUCGUAACAUACUGUUUAAGCAAUCGUUCUACCCAAUUGUAUUUAAUUCAGAAGCCCAUAGAAAAACUCAUACGGAAUAACAUUCGAAAAUUGGUCUCUUUUGGUUAGGGGUAGCAAUACCCAGAAAAGGAAACUAAAAAAACAUUGACAUUAGUCUAGAUAAUAGCACAUUCGAAAUAAUAAACAAGCUUUGAUUAAACAAUGUUAGAUCUAAGCAAUAAAGAAAAAGUAUUAAA